AGGUAUCUCUUUCAGGCGGUGGUCGCCCACGAUGAUGCCUUUCAAGGGAUCUGGCCUUAUCCUCCUCACCUUUCUGGUGUCUGUUCUGGCACUGGGAGCCUAUUGUGCACCCACCUAUAAGAAAUUCCUAACCCAGCACUACGAUAAUCCCAAGAGCAGUGUCGGCAAGGAGUAUUGUGACGCCAUGAUGAGAAAGCGCGGUCUGGACAAACCAGAAUGCAAGGAAGUGAACACCUUCAUCCACGGCACCAAGAAUAACAUCAAAGCUGUGUGCACUGCAUCUGGAGGGAAGGAUUAUGGGGACGGGCUGAGGAUCUCCCUCCACCCCUUCACUGUCACCACCUGUAAGCACAGAGGCGGCUCAACUGACCCACCUUGCAGAUAUUCCGAUAACAGAUCGCCCAGAUACAUCGUCAUUGCCUGUAAUGAGAAAGGAGAGCCUGUGCACUUUGACGAAAGCAUCAUUGUCAUGGCGUAA